AUGGUUUCGAAACAAUCCGAAUUGCAUAACCAUGAAGGAAGUUGGGUUUUGGCUCAGCCUCCAGUUGGUGAAGGUUUUGAUAUAGGAUUGGAUGCAAAAGGGCAUUGGACAAGGACUAGAGUGACCAAGAAGCCAUUGGAGAUGGCAAGGUUCUGGAUGAAACAUUUUCGGCUUGAUAUCAGUGCUGGAGAAAGUAAUUCUCCUUAG